GGCGCAUGGAUCAAACAAGUUUGGAGCAAGAGAUCGAUCGAAUGAUCGAGCGCACCCUGAACGACCACAAGGUGGCCCCCAACCACAUGGAGGGGCUGAGAAAUUAUCUCCGGCGAGAGACCCAACGCGAUCAGCGAGUCAGUCAGCUGGUGCGGUACCAGCAGGAGGAGCGUCAACGCAUGCAGCAGGAGUUUGAGCGCCAGCAAAAGUAUCUCAUCCAAGAGAUUUGCUCGGAAAUGGAUCUGUCGUUGUAUGGUGACAGCAGCAGCGAAACUGAGGAGCAGCCAGCUGAGGGCAGUAGCCCGCAGGAAGAUGAGCCCAGGGAACAUUUUUGAGAAAAAUCAGCCAGA